AUGUCUAAUCAAACAUGUAUACCAAAGUCAACACAUCCAUCCGAACAAAUUAAAGGAUAUUGUCCAUUCAAUGCAGGUGAACCUUCUUUAACUCCUGUUGGAGAGCAUUAUAUUUACAUGAGUGGACCACCUUGGAGUUUCAAAACUUCCGAUGACCAUAAUGUCGCAUACUCAGUAUGUGAAUUAGAACCAAUUUCAGAAGUAUAUGUUCCAUCCAUCGGUACAGAUGGAGGUUCAAUAACAAUCAACAAUCUAUCACAAUUCAACAUUUCAACAAUCAACAUUACAUUUUACAAUCCAUCCAAACAACUCUCAAAAUCAUGUCAGAUAACUCAAACAAAUGAAACAUCAGUCACUUGUAUAGUUCCACGUCUAUCUGGAUUUCACAAUGUAAUUGUUCAAGAUGCUAGUGGAACCAGCUCAACACACUAUGCAUGGCAACCAUAUCCACCAUUUAUCAAGGCUGUCUAUCCAUCAUUCGAAGCCAAUGGGUUGGUUAUACUGAUUGGUGAUAACUUUGGUGAUGAUACCAACAAUCGAGUAUCUGUACAUGUUUCAACAUCUAAUAUUCCAUGUAAUAUUACGUCUAUGUAUCAAUGUUUUAAUCAAUCAUUGGAUAUGAUUGGAUAUGAAGCAUUUAGAUUUUGGCAAGGUGUAUCAAACAACAGUGUCUAUAAUAUUUAUGAUCGAACAGUGUCAUCCAACAUUAGAAAUGUAAAGUAUUACACACCAUUGAUUACAUUUUAUACAACCGAUACACCGAUAAUUGAUAGUGUUACGAAUAUUCAAUUUGGACAAGCAUCACCCAUUACAAUCAAAGGUAAUCAUUUUGGAAAAGACCAUUCAUAUGUUUUGGUAUUCUUCAAUGAAAAAGACACCAACACUUUAUGCAAGUCACCAAGAUUUAUUGGAAACAGUUAUCGACAAAUGACAUGUUUAUUGGAUUUUGGUCUUUCGAAUCCUAGGGAUCUGCAACUCCUCAGUGGAAGUUGCGAAUGUGAUAUUGGUUAUGAUCCCCAUGUGGAUUGUUCAUCAUUGGCAAAGAGAUAUCAACUACUCAACACAACAGUUUUCAAUAUUACAACAUCAACUCUAUCAACCAACCAAACGAUUACCGGUGUGAUUGUCAACUUUACAACCGGAAUUCAAUUCAUUCGAGAGAUUAUCCACGACAACUCAAUCAUUCGUUCAAUGUCGAUGGAUGUAGUAUCUUGGGCACAAGACAAUCAAACACAAGGUAAUUUGACAUCUUUUGGAGAAUCAAUAUUCUAUGGUACAACCAACAAUCAAUCGACUCGGUUCCAUGUUACAAUUGGUCAAUUCCCAAAUACCACGAUAAAUACCUUUGCAGGUGAAGAUAUGCAAUUGUCAUCAAACUCUCUCAAAUAUACAAUUAAAAUCAUUGAUUGGGUAUGGUCAUCGCCAUUCAGCACUCUACAAGUCAUAUUCCAUUCAAGAUCAGAUUCAGUUGAAUAUGACUAG